AUAAAUGUUGCAUUCAAUACGUGGCCCCAGAGAGCCUUACACUGCAUUCAGUGAGGUCUCCCAAGCAUGUGCCCUGCCACCGCACGCCUCAUCCAGGCUCAACUCCACCAGACCCGUCUGAGCUGCUUUGCUAAAUUCCAGAUGAUGCCUUUGUACUGACAUCUAUGCAGCUAGCAACAGCCCUGCCCCCGUCAAUGGAACGGCUGUAUCCUCUGGCUGCUCAACACAUGCUCCUGGACCCUUUCAGAAUGCCCCUUUGGCUCUUGUAAAACCCUGCCAUGUCCUGUCCCUGGCCAGCUCUUUCCAUACAGCUGGGCUCAGACUUAAAAUCAUUUACUGCAAAUGUUCUUUUCCUGUUAGUUAAGUUCAGCCCAAUAACCCAGGCUUCCUUGCCAUGGGUAAGGCAUUCAAAGCAUGGUUCUGAUUGGAAAAGUGUCAUGUAAAGCAGCCCCUGCCCAAGCACUGCUCUAACACUGAGAUUUAAACAGUGCUUGGAGCAGUUUGUCCCCUCUCCGCACGGCCACACUACUCUGUGUCGAAGGAACACCGGCCUUUGCUUGCUGCUCACGCUGCAGCGGAUGGGCUGGACUCAGUGAGACUCGCUAGCUCCAUCCCCAUAAGGAAUGGGGAGGGGAGCGGUGCAGGGAGAACCCAGCUUGGUUUCCCAGAGGUCAGACUGAGCGCGUCAUGGGAAAAAUUGUGGCGCUGCAAGAGGAGAGACUGUGCUGCAGAGAGGGACAAAGGCUGCAGGCUUCCUACACAGGGAUUGUGUCGUUAUUCACUACAGCCCAUGGAAGUCAGUGGAUUUGCACUAGGCAUCCAUUUGGCUUCUUUCUUAUUUUGCAGUUGCCGUGGCCCUCACGUCUCAGGAGGGAGGCAGGACAGAGGUGUCAGCUCAGCCAGUGACACUUGGAAGCUGACAGACGUGUCCAGACAGCUGCUGGGCCUCCAUGCCCAUCUUUGGGUUGCCCUGUGAUUGCCAGACCACCCCUCUCUGGCUGUGCCUAAAGAUAGACCCAGCCCCGCCCUCCUUCCAGCGACUCUGCUGCCGCCUUGCACGGGGACAGGGCAGGGCUUGCUGCUGCUGCGUUGGACCCUGGAGAUGGCCUUGCUGUGUUACAACAAGGGCUGUGGGCAAAGAUUCGAUGCUGAGAAGAACGCUGAGGACUCCUGUGCUUACCACCCAGGUAUUCCCAUAUUCCAUGACGCCCUGAAGGGCUGGUCUUGUUGCAAGAAACGAACCACGGACUUCUCAGAAUUCCUGUCCAUAAAGGGCUGCACGAAAGGGUGUCAUAGCAACGAGAAGCCCACGGAGCCCAACCUGCCAGAGGAGGCCUCAGAUGAGCUGAAGGCCAAGUCAAGCCCAGAACUCAUCAUCCAAAGCCCAAAAUCAGCAGAGAAGAUGCAGCGUGAAAGGCCAAGCUCUGAUGAGCCAAGACACCCACUGCCGAUGAAAGUGUCCAGGUCCCUGGAGCAAGCCCUGGAGAAGCUGCAGCUGUCCUCCAAAGAUCAACGCCCUGAGGGAGGUUCCUCGUGCAGGGCAGAGGCUGCUCCGGAGGUCAGAACAGGCACCACCUGUAAGAACUCGGGCUGUAAGGCGAGCUACAAGGGGCCAGACACCGAGAGGGAGGCAUGCACUUUCCACCCGGGAGCUCCUGUCUUCCACGAGGGUAUGAAGUACUGGAGUUGCUGUGGCAUUAAAACUACAGACUUUAGCACGUUCCUGGAGCAAGAGGGCUGCACCACUGGGAAACACAGCUGGCUACAGAAGGAGGAUAAGAAGCUGGUGUCUUGUCGACAGGACUGGCAUCAAACCAGCAGCCAAGUGGUGGUGACGAUUUAUGCCAAGAACCCGCUGCCAGCACUCAGCUGCGUGACGGCCAGUCGCACUGUGAUUGACGCCCACGUCGCGUUUGGCGGUGACAGGCUUUUCCAGGCCAAGCUGGAGCUCUGGGGGGUCAUUGAUGUACAGGAGAGCUUUGUAAACAUGGUGCCCACAAAGGUGGAGAUCACCCUGAGAAAAGCCAGCCCCAUGACGUGGGCCAAACUGGAGCAUCCCCAGAGCAGCUCUCAGCCCAGACACGAGCAGACCACCAAGGGUCCUGAGGACACUGAAGACUUCCAAGGAGCACAAUGGGAGGAGUCAGAUGACAGCUUGAGCUGGUCAGAGGAGGAAGAUGAGGAGGGGGAGGAAGGAGCAGUAAGCAAAUGACAUUUAUUGACGACUCUGUCUUUCAAAGAGGAGCAUGUGGGUCCCCAGAACCAUCUCCAGAUGAGAAGUUUGAAUUCCCUGGAGUCUGAAUGUCAAGCUGCUAGAGACAUUGCCUCUCCUGCGGAGAGUCCAGCUCACCUGGCUCCCUGGCAUUGUCCACAUUGGGAUGGUUCCUGUACACGUGGUAGGAAGUGACAUAAGAGUGACUGAAGUUUGCCACUUUUAAAUCAGCAUCCAGGUCUUUUACAAAAGCUGGCCGAGGAGAUUGCUGGACUGUUAAUGUUCAUUGUCAUUAAGUCCCGAAGCACCAGGGACAUUCCAAACCACAAUGUUGUGCCAGUAGCCCAAAGGGCGAACCACAGAACAUGGGUAAUCAUGGGCUGUCAGCUUGACACUGAUCCCAGAAAAGAUAAGGCAGCAGCUGAUAGAGGACUUUAUUAAUAAAAAAAUAAAGGAGAGCAGUAUAAUUAAUGCUAAUCAAUGUGGGUUUAUGAAGAUAAAUCCUGUCAAAACUAAUUAGAUAUUUCUUCAAUAAGAUUCCAAGUUUAAUAAAGGUAAUAAUAUACCACCUGACCUUUUGAUUGAACAAUUGGAAUGAUAGGAAGAUGGCACCCAUUAAGCGGACUAAAAGAUGGCUGAUUGAUAGGUCUCAGAAUUAAAUUAUAAAUGGGGAGUCGUCAGGUUUGUUUCCAGUGGGCUCCUGUAAAGGUCAGUGGUUGGCCCUACACAAUUUAAUAUAUUUAUUAAUGACAUGGCAGAUAGCAAAGCCAUCAUUGAUAAAGUUUGCAGAUGACCCACAAGUUGGGGGUACAGGUCAAUAAUGAAAGGGGGGGCUCACAGACACUGUGCAAGCCGGGCACAAGCAAUCAAUGUGUGUUCAAUAUUCAUGGAUUCCAGGUGCAGAAGGGAUCCCUGUAAUAGUCUUGCCUGAUCUCCUGCGCACACAGCUAUGGAACUGCCCCAGAAUAAUUCUGGCUACGUCUAUACUAGAGUUUUGUAAAAAAAACGGACAUUUUUCUGACAAAACUUGAGUUACGUCCACACCGCAAGCGCAUUUUUUCGACAGUAAACCGAAAGAACAAAGGGCUUUUUGCGCAACUGGUAAUCCUCACUCCACGAGGAAGAAGCCUUUUGGCGAAAGAGCUCUUUUGUAAAAAGGCAUGUGAGGAUGGGGACAAGGGAGGGGAGUUUUUUCAGAUGAAGAGGGAAGAGGACAAAAGCAGAGGUGCCCUGGUGGCCAUUCCCUCCAUAGCAAUCA